UGGAUUUUCAGGGUUUUCAAGUGUCACGAAAUGUCAAACGUGGAUGUGAUCUGCAAUUUUUUAACAACAUAAAAAAUGCGUUUUAAAAAAUAACAUUCAUAGUAAUUUCGCCGAAUUGUGUGUCACGAUGUCAGACUUCAACCCGUUCGCUGCCCUAAUAGAAGAAUCCACGAAUAAAUCGAACGAUUCAACAAACACGAAACAAGGACAUGUUAAAAACAUCAGCAGCAUCCUCGAAGAGAUAUUUGCAUUUACUUUAGACCCGAAAGUUAGCGAGAAGAAACACUUCUUGUUGCUGGAGGAAGUUGCAAACACUUUCAGCCGGAAUGAUCUUGACCUCUUGAUCCUCCAACAUGCCCUAUUUGAUCGCCUGUUUAUGUGUAACGAAGAGAAUCCGUUCAUAAAAACUGCCAAACAGAACUUCAGGAACACGCAUUCGUUUGAAUCGAACGUGCUCACUUAUCUGUGCAAUUGCUUCAGGAAUUUGAGCGAUGACACGAACCUUGAGAGUGGAGAAAAGGCCAAAGUUAAGUCGUUGAUUAUUCAAAACGCUGUAACGGCCCUCAUACAGUCGGAAAUCUACGAAGGCCAAAAACUAGAGCAGCAAUUGAUUGAUAUUCUUAAAGAUAACACUGAUAACGGUAUGCUUUUUUUCAAAGAUGUAUGUAAGGGAGUUCUGGAUGAGGAAGAAGGAGGUGAGGCUUUUCUUAAGGAUAAAUUGGGGCAAAUUUUACUGGUGUUAACCGAUGACAUAAUUAAAUCAAAUAUCGUCACUUUUGACUAUGGAAUUUUCAAUGUUUUGAAUGUUUUUACAACUGAGGAAUAUCUCGCCAGUAUUUUUCUUGAUGUAAAACCUGUAAAGUUUAGUGCUGGUUCAGACUAUGCGAACACCCCGUUAGGGGCCAUUUUCAACGUUUCAAUCUUGCCCAAAACACCGAAUGCGAUUUAUGAGCACUUCCAGGACCCUACUGAUCAAGCUAGCAUCUUGUCGGCUGAAGGAAUUCUCUGGAGCAACGUCGAUAAACUAACCGAACACACGCACGCUUUUGUCCUAAGUUUACUAACUUGCAGUCCACAAAUUAAAAAUAAAACCCUGGAAUGGCUAGGACUUUGUAUCAAAGCUAACAUUGAUCGUGGAAAGUUAUGGAGCGCCCAAUCACCGCCUGAGUUAAAUCUUGUCAAUUAUACAAGUGUGUCUGAUGGUUUUAUGAUCAAUUUUGGGAACGUAAUGUUAAGGUUGUGCCGACCGUUUUGUAAUAAUUUCAAGGAUAAAAAAAUACUGAAAGUGGAUCCGACCUACUGUUCUGUUCCUGAUGAUCAAUGUUGUGAAAAGGGUGUCCAUUUGCCUGGCAUGAAUACGGAAACAUGUCUAAUACCGAAUGAUUCAGAUGAUGAAGGAAAGUUGCUAACUGCUGAAAAGUAUAAUUUUGUAACAGAGUGUUUUUAUUUUGCACAUAAAGCUGUUAAUUUGGGUUAUCAAGUCACUGUGGAUAAGUUGGUGCGCUUAAAUCAUGAAGUCGGCCGAAUGGAGAGAGCCUAUUUGGACGCUGUAGCACAAGCGGCGGGAAAUAACGAUUUAGUUGAUAGUUUAAAAAGAAGAAUGACUCAACAGCUGACCAAAUAUUUAUCACUAAAAGCUCAAUUAUCGGAUCCUGUUUUACUAAAUUUGCUAUUUGAUUUCGUAUCAACGACCACUUAUUGGCUUUGCCAAGUCGCUGUUAAAGUCAAUUUCGAGGAUCAACGAAAAACGUUUGCACCUUUAGACGAAAUUCCAAUCAAUUUUCCGUUACCUGACGCAAUUCCAAGUACCCUAAAAAGCAUUCCAGAAUUUCUAAUCGAAAAUAUAGUUUGUUACUUAGUGUUUUUGAGACGUUUUAAUCCGAAAAUUUUCGAAGAACAGGGAUACGAAAAAUUGAAACCUAUAUUAGAUUUUAUUUUAAUUUAUAUGGGAUCGCCGGAACGUUUGAGAAACCCCCAUGUGAGAGCAAGGCUUGCUGAGGCAUUAGAGUCUCUUUUGCCACGUCAUGAAGAUGAGCCGCCGAGUUUUAAUGCAUUUGGCGGCUUCCAGCGUGAAAUGCUUUUUACCCAACACGAACAUCGAAGUGAGAUUGUUAGCAGUUUGCUGAAAGUGUUUGUUGGGAUUGAAAUGACGGGACAAAGCGUUGAGUUUGAACAGAAAUUCAAUUACAGACGGCCGAUGUACACCGUGAUGGACUAUUUGUGGACCAAGGAAGAAUUCAAAACCAGUUUUAAGAUGUUGGCACAGGAAGCCGAAAAAAACGUGGAAGCAGUCACACCUCCUCUAUUUUUACGCUUUGUCAAUCUUCUAAUGAACGAUGCGGUUUAUUUAUUGGAUGAGGCAUUGGCCAAUAUGGCAAAGUUGAAAGAAAUGCAAACUGCGCGUCAAAACGGCGAAUGGGAUUCGUUACCAGCCCAAGAACGGACCCAAAACUUGGGCUACAUGCACCACAUCGGUAUGAUCGCAAAAUUCGAUAAUAUCUUGGGGAGAGACACGAUUAAAACUCUGGAAAAAUUGACCUCGGAAAUAACGAUAGUAUUCACGCAUUCUACGAUGGUUGAUCGAGUCGCUGCUAUGCUCAAUUAUUUCUUGUACAAUUUAGUCGGUCCCAAAAAGAAGAAUUUUAAGGUGAAAGAUUCGAAAGAGUACAGUUUUGACCCGGCAACAACAGUGUUGAACAUUUGCAAAAUUUACGUUAAUCUUAAGGAAAGCAGUUCGUUUUGUUUGGCUGUUUCGCAAGAUGGGCGUUCGUACAGUCCUCAGUUGUUCAGUUAUGCUGAGGAUGUUUUAAUUCGUAUUGGGGGCGGGUCUCUUAUUGGAGAACUGAAAGAAGUUGCAAUGCGGGUUGCGGAAAAGGCUCAAGAACAGCAAGCUAGUGAAGAGGCGAUUGCCGAGGCUCCUGAACAUUUCUUGGAUCCUAUUAUGUCGACUUUGAUGACCGAUCCUGUGAUUCUACCUAGUUCAAAACAAACGGUUGAUCGUACUACUAUUGCCAGGCAUCUUUUAAGCGACCAAACUGAUCCUUUCAAUCGUGCACCUUUGUCCAUGGAUCAGGUGAUUCCGAAUACAGAACUAGCUGAAGAAAUUCGGAAUUGGUUGGAUGAAAGGAAAAAGAAAUAAGUCGUUUUUGUUGUAAACAUUUUAAUGUGAAUGUGAAAUAUUUUUAUUAAAAUAAAUUUUAUUAAAGAUUGGUUGUA